AUGAGCACCAUGGCCAUCAGUGAUAGCACCACUCGGCUGGAAGCUACUCUCCUGGCAUUCAAAAAGGUCAUCGAUUCAUACACAACACCACACGGCACCACGCUCUCUCGACACUUCACCUCCCACGUCCUCAACCCCCAAAUCGUCUACCUCACAGCAUGCCGCCCCAUGUGCUUCUCCAUGGGCAACGCCAUCAGAUGGCUCAAGCUUCAGAUCAGCAAGAUUGAUAUCGACAUGGCCGACUCUGACGCCAAGAAGCUUCUGUGCGAGGCCAUCGACAGCUUCAUCCACGAGCGCAUCACCCUCGCCGACCUCGUCAUCGUCAACACCGCCGCCGACAUGAUCGCCCAGGACGAUGUCAUCCUCACAUACGCUCACCACCACCUCGUCGAGCGCGCCCUGCUCAAGGCAAAGGCCAGCGGCAAGCGCUUCAAGGUCAUCCUCGUCGACGACCCCUUUGAGCGGGUCGGCCUCGAUCAUGUCAAGAAGCUCGCCGCCGCGGGAAUCCCCGUCGCCUACUCGCCCGACUUUGGCGCCCUGCGCACAAACCUGCAGGAGUCCACUACCGUCCUCGUCGCCGCAGAGGCCAUGUUUAGCAACGGCGCCAUGUAUGCGCGAGCGGGCACCUGCGACGUCGCCACGGCGGCGUUUGACCUCGGCAUGCGCGUCACUUCGCUGUGCGAGACGAUUAAUUUCACGGAGAGAGUGUCGAUAGAUUCGCUCACCUACAACGAAAUUGAUCCGGAGAGGAACACGGAUGAGGAGUUUAGACUGCUGUUUGACACGACGAGGGACAAGUCGAUUUCGGCCGUUGUAACGGAACUGGGUAUUUGUUCGGCCAAGUCGGUCCCUGCAAUUUUGCGGAAGCUGGAGGAAUUGUAA